AUGAAUGUCACAAGGUCAAUAGUUAGAUCUCAUAGAUCUUUUAGUACUACCACCAAAGUAUUGGCUAAUUAUGGUAAACCACAAAACCCUGAAUAUAAUAAAGAAUUAAGAAUGAAGAUUUUACCUAUCAAAAGAACUGGUGAAGAUAUUAAAACUAUGAGAGCUAGAUUGGUUUAUCAAAGUAGGAAAAGAGGGAUCUUAGAAAGUGAUUUAUUAUUGAGUAGAUUUGCCAAUAAGUAUUUGAAAGAAUUCACUAUGGAAGAAUUAAAAGAAUAUGAUGAAUUAUUAGAUGAAGCUGAUUGGGAUAUUUAUUAUUGGGCUACUAAGAAUUUCGAUGUAACGCCAUUACCUGAAAGAUGGCAAGAUAGUAAGAUAUUGAAAUUAUUACAAGCCGAAGCUAGAAAUGAAGCUGGGGAGAUUUUAAGAAUGCCAGAAUUAGAUUUAUCCAUUCAUAGUUGA